GAUGGCGCUGCCGCGCUCCGCUUGGCCCGGGCGGGCUGCCCUGCCGUUAGCCGCGCUGGUGGGGCUCCUUUUCCUUUGCCUGAACCCGGGUGUUUCAAAGGGAAAUAAACUUAAGCUGAUGCUUCAGAGAAGAGAAGCUCCUGUUCUGAUAAAGGAGGAGGUGUCUGUUAAAGAAGAUAAGGCCAAGGAAUUCUUAAACAAUCUGAAACGUCAGAAGCGCCAGCUUUGGGACAGAAGUCAACCUGAUGUACAGCAGUGGUACCAGCACUUCCUCUAUUUGGGUUUUGAUGAAGCUAAAUUUGAAGAUGAUAUCUCCUACUGGUCAAACCUAGGCCGUAGUGGCCAUGAAUAUUAUGGCGGCUAUUAUCAUCACCAUUAUGAUGAAGAUGCUCCUAUUGGCCCACGAAACCCACACACCUUCAGACAUGGAGCAAAUGUCAACUAUGAUGAUUAUUAACCCUUUCUUCUCUGUAUCAGUUAUGAUUAUUAACCCUUCUCUGUGUAAAGACACUAGGAAGAUUUUUUAUAUUGAUUCUACUUUUAACCUGGUUCUUAUUUUUAGCUGAUGGCGGGGGGUGGGGUGGAGACCAAGAAAAAAUGGUCUUGCAUAUAUUCCCUAACAUUUGUAUCUGCAUUAGAAUUAAAGCUUUUUUAUAAUAAACUUCAAUUAAGUAUUUUGGUGAAAUAGUUAUCUUAUGAAAACAAACUUUCCUUACUGAGACAAAUAUGGCCACCCGUUUUAUACACAUUAACAAUGGCCAGCUCACAACAACUUAAAAAUAGAACAACAGCGUCACACAAUAACAACCUAUUUCUCCCAACAGUACCAUGACACCACCAUACCAACUCUGCAUUUGCUGGGUUCACUCCCAUCUUAGCCCAACCAUUGGGGAAAUCAAAUUCAUGGCCUGAAGGUUCAAGGCUAAGAGGGUAAGGGCCCUCCAGAUCCCAGGGGGCCAAAAACGGAAACCCAUUCUGUCUUGCUAGGGUUGAGUUGCAGUCAGUUCUUCCCCAUCCAGGCACUCACAGCCUCCAGGCACUGGGUCAGCACCUGAACAGCAUCAUCUGCACAGUCUAGGCGGAGACGUAUAGUUAUCAUUUGAUACUGCACCCCCUGCUGACGAGUGACCUCACCCAGAAGCUUUAUUAGUUGCUAAAUAGGAGUGGUAAGAGACCCAACCCCUGAGUCACCCCAUAUAAGAUGAGCCUAGAGCUAGACUUUCCCCUCCAACCCAAACUGGAACCAGUGACAGGGGAAGGGGUACCACUGCAAAACAGUGAUUCUCAUUUCCAGUCUCCAAAUCUGAUCCAGAAUUGGUUGAUGGUACCGAAUGCUACUGAGAGACCCAGAAGGGCAAGAAUGGAUGCACUAUUCCCAUCCCAAGCUUUUCAGAGACUGACAAGUGUGACCAAUGCCAUCUUAGUACUAUAACCUGGCCUGAACCCUGAUUGAAAAAGGUCUAGAUAAUAACUUCAUCAAGGGGCCUCCAAUACCAAGCACCCACCACUUUCUCAACAACCUUCUGUUAACCAACUUGGAGGGGGCAACAGUCCAAACAUGUGGCAGAGCUCAUAGAAGCUAGGACCCUGGCCACUUCUUCAGAAUCAACUGGCCCAAAUUCUUCCCAGCUAACCAAGCUAGUCACUUCCAUAGGACCUGCCCAGCCAGAGUCCAGUCAGAGUGAAGCCAAGUGACUUUGUCUGAUAGGGCCCUACAAGGGUUCUCCUGGCCCUUCCUUACCCAGAAGGGAUCUGAUCACCUAGAAUAAAGCUGCUGUUGGCUAUAUGCAAAUGCAAUAAGAGUAGAGAAGUGAGCUCACUUUGCUGCUUUUGUCACAAGGUAAGUCCUAAUAAAGGCUCCUACCUGUGCCUGGUGGCUUAUUUUCCUCCAGUGGUGCUCCAGGUGUCUCUUGUGUCAUUAUAUCUCCUGAAGACCCUUGGUAAACCAUGGGCACUUACAGGAUUCACAACAUGCUCAUUCCAGGUUGCAACUAAGGCCUUGGCUGAACUGUGUACCACAGCUUCAGGAAUAACCUCAAAUUCCCUUUGAAACCCAUCAGUUUCCUGCAUCCAUCAGUUGCCUGGGACUGGCCGAUUGAAUAGGCUGCUCCUCCCUGCAGUGGGGCUAGCUUACAGAGAACUCCAUGGCCAAAAGGGAGUGGUCUGUCCAUGACAAGCAACUGAUGAUAACUUUCCCCAACCCCAGAUGAUGUUGCCACUGCCCCAAGACAAAAACCAGAUCUAAUCGGUGCCCUCCUCUGUGAGAUGGGCCCCUAGUAAGUUGGGGUGAGAUACAAGAUUGCCAUGGUUGCCACAAACUCCCAAGCCACCAGUGUUUCCAGGCCAAGAGAAGGUAGGUUGAAGUCCCUAUCUUGAAUAUGCCAAUUAUGUAUAUCCAUGUACCAUAUAAUGAGUACGAUUUGUCUUUUCUCCUUCCUAAAUCGAUUUAGUAAUAUGUUUCUGAAAGAAAAUGCUUUUAUAAAUCAAAGAAGUAGGCAAUAUUACCAUAGUUUCUUUUGCAUCUCUGAACAAAGAGUAAGGCAUACGUGUGCUCAUGUAUCACUCUCAUCAGGAAGAGCGCAAUAUGGCUAGCAUUAUGAAGUACCACUGCAGAUCCAUUUCACAAAACACUAGUUAGUUCUGGAAUCCACUGCACGUAAGUAUUCUAGUCAAGAAACCCUUUUUCUUAAGUGCUGCAAUUCGGAACGAUAUGGAUGUACGGAGCAAUUCUAUCUGCAUGAUUUAUAUCAAGGAGGGUAAUUCGUAACUCCCCAUCCCACUACCAUAAUUUGGCAAUAAAACUGCUGAAAACUCACAGCAUGGUUUUGUAUUAUUUUGAGAAAAACUAGUGCAAGCUCUGAAAUGCACCUUGGGCGUAAAAAUAUUCUUCCCAGCCUACUGGCUUGACAACCCUUCCUCUUUGGACCAUCACUUUUGCUCCUUUAAAAACACUGAAGUGUUCUCUCCCAGUCACCAAAAGGGUUUUCUCCCUUGAUUUGCAUUAAGGAUUGUUAUAAAGGCUUGGAGAUCACACACACAAUUCUGUCUGAGCACUGUUAUGCUGGUGGCUGAGCACUGUUACUGUAGCUCUGCUUCAAGACAGCAGAAAUUGGCUGGCCAUCUCCACUCCCAUACAUCUCAAAUUUUGCCUAAUGUCAAAACAUGAAAAACUUGGAAUAGGAUUAUUUAAGACAUUCAAAAGCAUUUCCCUAAAGAAAACAGGAUGCCAUUGUUUCUGUAGGAAUGUGUGAUUCAAUUACAGUAUGUCAAUAGUAAUGGUAGUUGAAACUUGUGGAAGUGGCAACUUGUUAUUUUUGUUAAAAGUGGGUUAGUACUGCAAAUAGCAAUAUAGCUUAAUUAUAUUGCUAGAGAAAGGAGAAGUUAUCCAUGUUUGCGCCUCUUCCUCUUUCCCUGCCCAACGUGCUCUGGAAGAUCCACUAAAUUUCAUCCAUAUCCAUACCUACUUGAUUUUUAAUUUAAUUCCACAGGGUUAUUUGUAAAUGAGUUGUACUCAUCAAAAGGUAUACUGUCUAAAAACUCACAUACUAUUGUUUA